GGGCUCGGCGGAGCAUUGUACUCACAUCCGGGGCUGGGUUUUGCUUUAAUGCGAAACGUAAUUAACCCGGAAAAAAGAGACGCGAGAGACAAGAGAGAAGGAGGGGUGGGGGUGGGGGGUAGAAGAGCGAGAGGAGCGAAAAGCACCGAGAGUUUGGCAGCGAGAUAAAGAAAUCCCCCGAGAGCGACGGCCGGGCCGGCCGGAGAGACGCGUUCCACCCGAUGUAACCCACCCUGCCCGAGCCCCGGCCGCCGCACGGCGGGCGGCGAAACUUCUCUGCGGGUUCUGGCGCUGGAGCACCGGCCUCGCAACGACUACCCGGGCUGCGGGUAGGGGAGGAGAGCGGAGAACGUCCCAGGGUGAUGUGAGCAGAGCCCAGGAAUGCCUUAUGUGGAUCGACAGAACCGAAUCUGUGGGUUUCUGGACAUCGAGGAGAAUGAGAACAGUGGCAAGUUUCUGCGGAGGUACUUUAUUCUGGACACCCAGGCCAACUGCCUUCUCUGGUACAUGGACAACCCCCAGAACCUGGCAAUUGGGGCAGGAGCUGUCGGAUCUUUGCAGCUGACCUACAUCUCGAAGGUGAGCAUAGCUACACCAAAGCAGAAACCAAAAACUCCAUUUUGCUUUGUCAUCAAUGCCCUCUCUCAGAGGUAUUUCCUUCAAGCUAAUGACCAGAAAGAUCUGAAAGACUGGGUUGAGGCCCUGAACCAAGCCAGCAAAAUUACCGUGCCCAAAGUUGGGAGCCUGCCCCUGACUACCGAGGUUCUGAAAAGCCUAGCAGCACCUCCAGCCCUAGAGAAGAAGCCACAGGUGGCCUACAAGACCGAGAUCAUCGGAGGGGUGGUGGUACACACGCCUAUCAACCAGAACGGUGGGGAUGGGCAGGAGGGGAGCGAGCCCGGAUCCCACGCCAUCCUUCGAAGGUCUCAGAGUUACAUCCCCACAACAGGCAGCCAUGUUCCCCCCGGGCCCCACCUCAUUAAGAGCGGCUACUGCGUGAAGCAAGGGAAUGUGCGGAAGAGCUGGAAACGUCGCUACUUUGCACUUGAUGACUUUACUAUCUGCUACUUCAAGUGUGAGCAGGACCGAGAACCACUGCGCACUAUAUUUCUCAAGGAUGUUCUUAAGACCCAUGAGUGUCUGGUCAAAUCUGGUGAUCUCUUAAUGAGAGACAACCUGUUUGAAAUCAUAACAAGCUCCAGGACCUUCUACAUACAGGCGGACAGUCCAGAAGACAUGCACAGCUGGAUUAAGGAGAUCAGGGCAGCCGUCCAGGCCCUCAAAUGCCACCCCAGAGAUAUGUCCUUUUCUAGAUCCAUCUCUCUGACUCGCUCUGGAAGCUCCAGCCUGUCAGGUGGGCCCAACUCUGCCUUGUGCAGGGGGCGGCCACCUGUGGAAGAAAAGAAAGCCCUCUGCAAAGCCCCCUCUGUGGCUUCCUCCUGGCAACCCUGGACACCUGUCCCCCAGGCUGGGGAUAAGCUGCUUCCAGCUGAAGAGACUCCUGGGGACUCUUUGUUCAUGCCUCGACUUGGGGAGAGCAGUACUUCUGGGGUGUUGCCCAGCUCCCGGAUAAGGCACAGAUCAGAGCCCCAACACCCCAAGGAGAAACCGUUUCUGUUCAGCCUUGAUGACGAGAGCAUACGGACUUCUGAUGUGUGAUAGGGCAUGGUGCCCUGGGAGGGGGGAGGACUCAAGAAAAGGAGGCCAUGACUCAGUUUCCCUACCUUUUGGAGGACAGUCAGAGACCCUUUGGCACCCAUAUUCCUGUGGAUGCUCUGUGGGAGUGGCCCAUUCAGCUGGCUUUUUUUUUUUUUUAAAUAUACAGUGUAUUUAACUUGGAAAACCACUAGGUUAGACCUGUAGGCAUGCUCAGUGGAGAGCAGGUUGCCUCUAAUUUGACCACUCCAAGGUCUUCCUGGUGAGAGGAGGUUUGGUAGUGCGUUUCAUCCCCAACCAAGUUCUAUUCCCAUGUCCUAGUUAUAGUUUCUUCCUUUGGUCUCCAGGCCAGGCACAGAGUCUUGGGCAGUUAUCUGGCUUAUCCUAUUCCUGUUCAUUGGCUGAGGUCUGACUGGGAAGUAGGAGAGUGGUAGCUAACCCGGAUGAAAGCAGCAGACCUAGGCUCUGGCUUGGCUGGGAUACAUUCUGAGGGGGAGGUGUUAAGAUCUGGGGGCAGGCAGGCAGCUCUCAGAAUGUCCACUAGGGUAGAUCCUCCUAGGGGACCUCCACUGGGGAAGACAUAGGGAUCUCUUGUAAGGUAUAGGGAAAGAUUCAACUCAGUGCAUCAGCCAGUUUGGGGAAUUAUUCUGUUCUUGUCUAUGGCCCCAAAUAGUGUCAACUUGAGUGAUGGACCUGCCCACCCAGUUUCUGUGUCAGGCCCCGAGGAUGGGUUUAUCAGUGUUAGAAGUUACGACUGUUGAGAAUAGGGCAGACAUUUCCAUUGGUGUGGCAUUAUUUGGAAGUUUGGAGGGUUGAUAAGUGUAUGAUAAUUCACUUGAGUGAUAGAUCGGAUCUCUGUUUUAGAAUGUUAGAAUUGUUUUAAAGCAGGUGCUGGGAAAAGAUGGAUUAUAGUUCAUCCAGAUAAACUUUUCUGAUCCAUGUUUUCCAGACAGAAGAAAAGGUCUGUUUCAGCACAGACAGAUUUCUUGAAUCCUUACUUCACAGCUCUCUUCAAAGGGCUGAUAUUAGUCUAAUUUUAAGUGCUGUAUAUUAUAUACCCUGGCAGAUUUGCUUUGUUUCUAACUCUUUCUGUUGCUCUUUGAAUGAAGCCUUGAGUAGUUGCAUGAUCACACCUUGUAAUACAAUAAGGUUCCAUGUACUUAACAGUGAAGAGAUACAAGGAUAAUCUUGAGAGGUAUUUAUAUUUUUAAUAAAAUAGAAACUAUGCAUAGAAACAUUGAUUUAGAGGCUCUGCAUUGCUGACUAGAUAUUUCCCAGGUAGAAGAGCAUAGAUUGCAUUUUCCACCCAAAUUUCUACCUUUCAUUUGACAAAAGAUACUUUCCAGGGUCCCUGGGAGAAUUUGUCCAACUUAAUGUGGUUUACUGCUAACUUACCAGUGUUCCCUAAAGGGAGAGAAAAACUAACUCAUUUCUGUCUAUACCUUUUAUCAGCUAGAACAAUUAGUUACCUUUAAAUUAAAACUUAAAGACUAGAAGAAGAUAGAGAAGCUUUUUUACCUGAGUAAAUCCCUUCCCCUCCUUAUGUCCAGAUGUAAUGCCGAGGUAAAAACAUAUCAUCAGUAACCUCUAGGGGCUGGAGGGAAUCUUUGUUCCUUCAAUGCAGUGUAGUUACCUUGAAGUCUAGGUCAUGUUGAGAACUCUUCUUGAUUGCACUGCAUUGGAGCUAUUCUUCACUUAUAUUGUUGGGCCUCGUGGUCCUGGUAUAAAAAAAGACAUCUACUGGAUCUCUCUCUCUCUCUCCCCCCCUCUCUUUUGCAGACCCCUGUGUACUUUUGCUUUGUGAGUUAGUUAUUAUGGGUGACCAAGGUUACAGUUUCAAGUAGCCAUUCCAAAUUCUUAAAGCUCCUCAUCUCUGGUUUCACCUUGAAAUUUUCCUUAAGAAAAUUGUUUGGCUAGGUCUAAGGAGGUACACAAUAAAUGGCAGUACACUAGCAAAAAUAAAUUAGGAACUUUUGAGAUCUCUUUAAACAUUCCGGAACUCAUGAAAGCUGUCAACUUUUGAUGAAAACGUACCUAUUUCUCUUUUGUUAAGUAAACUCUCUGCUAGAAUACCAUUGCUGAAUUAAUUGGCCAUUAUAGUAAGCUGAUAUGUUUCUCAUUCAGUAUGGUCUAUUUUAAGAAUGUGAGUUCAAUAUACUUACAAAUGUAGAUUAUAUUAUUGUGAUAGAGGAAAACAAGGACUGUAGAUGGCAAAUACUUGGGAAUGCCGAGUGAGAACAUUGUUAAUGUGAUUCCAACACUAGAUAAAUAGAGUGAUCUUCAAUGGCACCUAAAAGCAUUCUCAUUCCCAAGCCUUAUUUCAGAAUUCCUUGUGUCUAUAUUUCUUACCUUCUGACCAAUUUCACAUCACAAUUUUUAAUGUCACUACACAUGUGAGCCAAAGAUGGUGCAUAUGCAAUCAAAGCACUUGGCUUUAAACUUUU